CUGGGCGAGUCUGUCAGCGUCCUACACGGUCCCCGCAUGAGGUCACUCUACCUGGUCAUGUGCUCGAGCCCGCGGGAGCGCCACAUCGUCAGCCGCACCCCUCCACCCCCACCGCGCCCACGUGACCCGCCCUAGCUUGUCCCAACCGGCCCAGGGCCUAGCUCCGGAGGCCCCGCCCCACGCUGCGCGCCGGGCCGGCGAGCCUCCGCCCCUUAUCCGGUCGGGCCAGCGAGUGGCCCGCGGCGCCACGUGCUUCUUUCUGUCCAUUGGGAGCCGGCGCCUGGGCGCGACGGGGCGGGGAGGAACGGGACGACCUGUUACGUUAUAGAAAGGGGCGGGGCCUGCAACGUCGGACAGAAGGAGGGGUCGCAACCCAAGCAGGCCAGAGCCGCUGCCGUCGCCAUGACCCGCGGUAACCAGCGCGAGCUCGCCCGCCAGAAGAACAUGAAAAAGCAAAGCGACUCGGUUAAGGGAAAGCGCCGAGAUGACGGGCUUUCUGCUGCUGCCCGCAAGCAGAGGGACUCGGAGAUCAUGCAGCAGAAGCAGAAAAAAGCAAACGAGAAGAAGGAGGAACCCAAGUAGCUUUGUGGCUUCGUGUCCAACCCUCUUGCCCUUCGCCUGUGUGCCUGGAGCCAGUCCCGCCACGCUCGCGUUUCCUCCUGUAGUGCUCACAGGUCCCAGCACCGAUGGCAUUCCCUUUGCCCUGAGUCUGCAGCGGGUCCCUUUUGUGCUUCCUUCCCCUCAGGUAGCCUCUCCCCCCUCCAGGCCACACCUGGGGGUGAGGGGGUUACCCCUUCCCAGUGUUUUUUAUUCCUGUGGGGCUCACCCCAAAGUAUUAAAAGUAGCUUUGUAAUUC